CGGCUGUAGUUUUGAAUUCAGAACGGGAGAGGAUCUGCUGGAGGAGCACAAAGCUUGAAAAUGGAUUUAAUGUUUACACUUGUUUCCUAGCGUUUCUCAGCCCACGCGCUCUGUCACACCCGUGUCCGGCGGUGUGGUUUAUUUUAUACGGGUUAUCGCUCGGUUUUUGGGGCGGUUUGUUGUGUGUUGGGUAGUUUAACAGUGGGAAAGGGAGGCUGCGGGGAACUCUGUGUAGCUGCUAGCCGGCCUCCUGCUGCUGCUGCUCAGCCAGGCAGCUCAACUCUCAGCUCCAGCAGACCUUUCAGCACUGUCCCCGGGCCCGACCUGACUCUUGCUGACCCCGGGAUUGGGUCACAGCACCAUGGCUGACAGCAGCAUAGUGACUUUGGGCAUGGCCCGUAGCCUGCUGGUGGACUCGUCUGUGUACGACUCCAGAAUGGCAGAGACCUCUAAGGAGCACACCUUCCUGGGGCUGGCUCCUGAUGAAGCAGAGGAAAUCCUUCGCCGAGUGGAGACUAGAGUAGUGCUGGUGGGAGAAACAGGCCACGAUCCUGAACUUGUAAAGGCAUUGGAGGAAAUCAAAAUUAUGGAAGUUCCAGUGGUAAAGAUUAAAGAAGGAGACCCAGGCUCUGAGUCAGGCGAGAAAUUGAUAAAAUCUAUAAUCAAUAUGGACAUAAACGUCCCGUGCAUAAAGACAGACAAUGUCAGGGAGUUUGGGGACGGCGAGAACGCCGAGUUUGAGACUGUCUUUGUACUGAAGGACUUCCAGUCUCCAGACUACAGCUAUUUAUACAAGAAUGACAACCGAAUUCUGGGUCCUCCUGUGAUUCUGCACUGUGCUGGGAAAGGAGAGCCUCUGCCUUUCUCCUCCCGUCCUCUCUACUCCACCACGAUGCUGAAUAUGUCGCUGUGUUUUACUGGAUUCCGCAAGAAGGAAGAAGUGGUAAACCUGGUCAGCCUGGUGCAUCACAUGGGCGGCACCAUCCGCAAGGACUUCAGCGCUAAAGUCACCCAUCUCAUUGCUCAUUCCACUCACGGAGAGAAGUACAGGUUGGCUGUGUGUAUGGGUACACCCAUCCUCACCCCUGACUGGAUUCGUAAGGCCUGGGAGCACAAGGAUGAAAUCAAUUUCCAUGCAGGCGUUGAAGAGUUCCGCACCGCCUUCAAAGUGCCUCCGUUUCAAGACUGCGUUCUGAGCUUUCUUGGCUUCUCUGAGGAGGAGAAAAACAACAUGGAGGAAAGGACACUGAAGCAUGGUGGCCAGUUUCUGGAGGUCGGAGAUGAGAAAUGCACUCACCUGGUGGUGGAGGAGAACUCUAUUAAGGAGCUGCCCUUUGUGCCAUCCAAGAGACUCUACGUUGUAAAACAGGAGUGGUUUUGGGGAAGUAUCCAGAUGGAUGCCAGAGCUGGAGAAUCCAUGUAUUCCUAUGAGAAGUCGGAGAGUCCUGCGAUGAAGAAGGCCGUGUCCCUUCUUUCUCUCACCACGCCCACCAGUAACCGCAAACGACGGCGGCUGCGGGACACUUUGGCCCAGCUCACGAAAGAAUCCGAGAUUUCACCCUUUCCUCCUCGUAAACGGCCCUCAGCAGAGCACUCGCUGUCUAUGGGCUCCCUUCUGGACAUCUCCAACACCCCAGAGACCUGCAAAGCCCUGGCAGAGCGUAGUGCAGAAGGCAGGCGCAGGCAGAGAAGGCCAGUGAAGAGGAGGAGUGAGCGGAACAGGAAGGGUAGGAGAAGCAGGGAGUGGUCCAUCUACUGUACCAGCACUCCAAAGGCUGCAGAGCAGGACAUGUGCAUCCAAAGCUCAGGCGGGUCAGCCGAGCGUUCCCAGCAGACAGAGCUCUCACCUGAUUCCUCCACAGCUCAGUCAGAUACUGCAGAGAACACAAAGCCCUCCAAAAGCUCCACACCAGUCCUGCCCAAACAGUCAGCAAGAUGGCAAGUGUCCAAGGAGCUGUACCAGACAGAGAGCAACUACGUGGAUAUCCUGGCCACGGUUCUGCAGCUCUUUAAGGACCCCCUGGAGAAGGAAGGGCAGGUGGGCGGCCCUAUCCUGGCUCAGGAGGAGAUUAAGACCAUAUUCGGCAGCAUCCCGGACAUUUAUGAAGUACACACCCGCAUAAAGGCAGACCUGGAGGAGCUGGUGAUGAACUGGUCUGAAGACAAGAGCGUUGGAGACAUCAUUCUGAAAUAUUCUGGAGAGCUGGUGAAGGCUUACCCACCGUUUGUCAACUUCUUUGAGAUGAGUAAGGAGACGAUUGUGAGGUGUGAGAAGCAGAAGCCGAGGUUUCACGCCUUCCUGAAGAUCAAUCAGGCCAAACCUGAGUGUGGGCGGCAGACGCUUGUGGAGCUGCUGAUUCGUCCUGUUCAGAGACUGCCUAGUGUGGCUCUGCUGCUCAAUGAUAUUAAAAAGCACACCGCUGAUCAUAAUCCUGAUAAAAUCACCCUGGAAAAGGCCAUCGAGUCCCUGAAAGAGGUUAUGACGCAUAUAAAUGAAGACAAGAGGAAGACGGAGGGCCAGAAGCAGAUCUUUGAUGUGGUGUAUGAAGUGGAUGGCUGCCCCGCCAAUCUCUUGUCAUCUCAUCGGAGUCUGGUGCACAGAGUGGAAACCAUUGCUUUGGGAGACAAGCCGUGUGACCGGGGCGAAAAUGUCACACUCAUUCUCUUUAAUGACUGUCUGGAGAUCGCCAGGAAAAGGCAUAAGGUGAUCAGCACUUUCAAGAGUCCUCUGGGACAGACCCGUCCGCCGGCCCAGCUCAAGCACAUUAUGCUCAUGCCCCUGUCUCAGAUUCGCAGGGUACUGGAUCUGCGGGACACUGAGGAAUGUCAAAACGCCUUCGCCCUGGUUGUGCGUCCCCCGACCGAGCAAGAGAACCUCCUCUUCAGCUUCCAGCUCACUGCCGAAGACACGCUCAAAUCAGCCUGGCUGAAGACCCUCUGCCGCCAAGUGGCCAAUACCAUCUGCAGGGCCGACGCGGAAGACCUGAUUCAGUGCACUGAUCCCGACUCCCUUCAAGUCAGCACAAAGGAUAUGGACAGCACGCUGAGUCGAGCCUCCAGGGCCAUCAAAAAAACAUCAAAGAAGGUCACACGGGCCUUCUCCUUCACUAAAACCCCUAAACGUGUGAUCCAGAGGGCUUUCAUGGCCAGCAGUACCCCAGAUGACAAGAGUCCUGGAGCGGGCUCUGAUCAUAUGUCCCGAAUGACCAGCAGCUCCACGCUGGCUAUGUCUCGCUCGGCCUCCACGUUCAGUCUGAGUGGCUGUAGUAAGAAUGCAGUGGUGCAGCGCUCCAACUCUCUGGACAAUGCUCCUCGGCCCCGGGUGCCCAUGUGUGUGCGCACCCCAUGCUGCCCAGAGAACGCUAGCCAGCCUGCCCCUCCAGAGACCCAGCCUAAAGUGCCCACCCGAGCUCAGGAGGUGCCCAAGGUCACGCUGCAGCCCGCGAGGCCGUGCCGGGAGCUUCUGGUGCCCCCAGACCAGCACAGAGCCCCGGGAACCCCACGCCGGGAGACGCUCCUCUAGGUGGCCACAUGAUGCUAUUCAUUCACCAUCGAUGGUCAACCUGUCCUCUGCAUUCGAGAGGAAGUACCACACUUUCAGCCGGUCCACCACGCACCUGAUCUGACUGUUCCCUCUACAGCACAGCAAUUAAGCUCCGCACAAUGGUACAGCGCCCGUUCACACCUCACGCGGGUUUAAUUCACACGUUCAGAUCACCGCUCUCCGACUCGCCAAAUGAAGGAUUACUCUUGUAAUGUUGUGUCUUUUUGUGUGUCGUAAGUGUCAAAUGUUUUGGGGCGUAUUGAAUUAACAGAUAAUUAACACACAUUUUAAUAAUAACUGACUUUUUUUCACGCUUUUUGUUUAGAGGGAUGUGUUUUUGUUUCCAAUUAAUAAUUAACCAAUGAAAGUAUUUCUUAACCUUUUAUGGGGGUGUCUGUCUCACAGCUUAAGUGUCUAGCUUUUAUAAAGCUAUAGAAUCGAGUACUUUUUUUUAAUAUAAAUCGGUUACAGUUAGAAAAGCAGUUGUAAAAUAUUAGUAAAACCACUGCAGUUUAGAGUUUCCCCCCUUUUUUGUUCUUUUUUUUUCUUUGGGGGAUGGGAAGAGGUGUUUAUUUGUUUUUGUUUUUUUUUUUUUGUUUUUUUUUUUAAAGGACAAAAGUGCUUAGAGAAUGAAUAUUUAUUCUCCAAAAUAAAGUGAGUAUAUAAAUAGUAUUUGAAUCAUAUAAAUUUUUUUUUUCUUUUUCAUUCUUCUUUUGUAUUUAUGUGUAAAUAUGGUAUUUUAUUCAGUGGUAGUGUCAUACCUAAACUGUCUGUUUCUCUUUAUUUGUUUAGUUGAAUGUCUGUCGUUUUCUAUUAGUACCUGCUGCUUCACGAACCCGUCCAAAUAUAUAUAUUCAGUUACUCUUUUUGUGUCUCUCUUCCGUUUCAGCGAUUAUUGACUUUAUAUAUGAUCUUUUGCAAUAAUUUGUAAUGGAUUUUAGGGAACUGGUUUUAUGUUUGAAACUAAAUUCAUUAAUUCUGCUUCAAUAAAAGAAGGAUGUAGCCAAUGA